CAGAACCCACACAAAAUCCUUGAAAUCUGCCACGCCGCUUCUCUCACCCCCGAGUCCCACCUCGACCGCAUCGCUUUCUCCGUCGCCAUUUCCAAGCUCUCCGAAUCCAACCACUUCGACACAAUCCGCCAGUUCCUCGACGACCUCCUAACCUCUCGCCCCGACCUCAAAACGGAGCGUUUCGCUUCUCACGCUAUCGUUCUGUACGGUCAAGCCAAGAUGAUCCCACAAGCCAUUGACACUUUCAAGCGAAUUCACGAUCUGGGUAUUCCUCGAACCGUUAAAUCUCUCAACGCUUUGCUUUUUGCUUGUCUUUUGUCUAAGGAUUACAAGGAGCUGAACCGGGUUUACAUUGAGUUUCCGAAGUUUUAUGAGAUUAAGCCGAAUUUGGAUACGUUUAAUACGGUGAUUAAAGGGUUUUCGGAAUCGGGUUCGACCAGUUCUGGGUACUCUGUUUUGGCUGAGAUGGAGAGGAAGUCUGUGAAGCCGAAUGCCACUACUUUUGGGAAUUUGCUUGCUGGGUUUUAUUAGGAGGAGAAGUUUGAG